AUGCCGUCCUCACUAUCCGACCCUUCCACCCGCAAUCGAAGCGACUCCAAUGAAGGUUCUGAGUUGCCUGAGCACGAGCAUAAGCGUCCAAGGCUGAGCGAGACUAAGCCUGAUGGAACUCAGGUCAUGUCCGAUCUCCAGCAAACAGAUGCCCUCUCCGCACCUUCCGUGGCAGCUAUCGAUGCAAACAACGGUAAUGAGGAAACAAGUACACUUCAGACUCCACCACUGCCUCCUCGGUUCCUAAACUCCGCUGCCGUCAUGUCGCCGACAAGCAAGGUCACGAUUAACACUCGUCCGCUGUCUUCUCAGUCUUCGUCCAAUGCUGCUGCUGGCCAUGGUCUGAGUGUAUCUGGGGAUGGAGCUCAAGAUUCUAGACCGACAUCACGUCCCGAGCCUCAACAAGCAGAAAUUCCAGAAACCAUAUCCAUCUCGUCCUCACCCAGCAAGAGCCCUGAGAUCGAGAUCGCAGAAAUCGAAGACUAUGACCAAGACCCUUCAGAGACAAGAUGGACGGGCCGAGUCGGCGGGUUUGUGCGACCCUCACAAGUCAAGCUAAUUCCAUCUCACUAUGUCCACCGCACAUUUCCCUACGCGCAGGAACUGGUUGCAGGCGAUUCCCGUCGCGCUCUUGCUCACAUCGGUGAUAAAUUUCAACAUACUGGUGCUCAGGACGGCGACAACUUUCGACAGGUCAAAAACUGGAUGAUGGAAUUUGUGACAAUCUGCCACGAGUUUCCAUCGAGGCUCAUUGAAGAAGAUCGAGAAUUCUGGCUUCGCCUUCCCGAGCUCGUGGAAGCCCUGCUGAGGAGAGACUCAGGUCCACCCGCCCAAGCACGAAUGGAGGAUCUUAUCGACUUCUUUGUCACUUAUGCUCGGAUUGCGAAGAUGCUGAUGGAUUAUGAUGUGCGGAACCUACAAAUUCUCUCGUCUGAAGCCGACGCACGCAGCAUGAAGAAUUUCACCUUCAUGUCUCAACCAUAUCUUCAACCGCUGGUAUGGCUGCUCCAACCAACUGGAAUCCCUUUCUACGAUGCCCUUAGCCGGACAACCAACUUUGAGGUAUCGGGGUUUCUUUCGCUGCUCAUUGACAGAUUGGGAAAUCGUCGCACCGUGGCCUUGCUUCCGUCAAUGUCGGCAUUGUCCUGCGAGAUAUUCCCCUUGCUUUCCAGGAGAAGCGAACUCUUCAGAUUGCUCAGUCAAUUGAUGCAGAUCACCUCCUCAGUGAUAGCACCGCUUGGGCCUCCGGCUAAUGGCGAGGACUUAUUCCACACUACGGCCUUCACACAGCUUGAUGCCAUUCGUGAAGACGCUGCAGACCUUAUACUCAAGGUGGACAGUGCUGUACAGCAAGCAAUCGUCAAGCAAGCUCCCUGGCUGAAUCUUGAGACUGCUGGCAAGGUCAUUGAGAGUCUGGGUCGACUGGUGGCGAAAAUCGCUGUCGAGAUCCCAAAGAUCGGACAAGACAUCAUUGCCUCGGCUGGAGUAGGCUUUCUCGACGCCGAUCUUACAGACCUCCCGAGCACCAUGCCUCAAGCUUGGAAGUUCAAAACACUUCGAAAGUUUGUCAUGAACGGACGGAUGGAGUUGCGAGUAUAUGGUGUCGAUGCCAUGUCCACUGAUCUUGUUCAAGUGUACCGCGAGCGCAUCGACACCAAACCACCGCCGCACACAGCCGACCCUCUGGUACGGUUUCUGGUCAAGUUCAUCAGAGAGAACCAACUUAUUCGCUACCUUGUUGGUGUGGAUUCUCACCCUCAAAUCAUUCGCCGAAGUCACAACGUGGUCGGGUUUCUAUGUGUUUCCGGCACAUACACAGAAGCUGACACGGACGAUAUCUGGCAAACUAUCUCAAGCAGUCAAGACCCGAGAACGGUUCAUGAGGUCUUCAACCUUAUGUCGAACGUGAAUGUCUAUGACCUGGAUGCACGUCAUUAUAUCUGUCGGAAGCUUUCAGAGUAUCCAUUCGCCCGAUUCGAUGCCCAUGUCUUACAAUUCACGGUCAACCUCCUAGAUAAUAUCAGGAAUCAGAUCGGUGUUUCGCUCCGAGAAGCAACUGACCCUAUCACGCGUCGAUUGUGUAUCCGACUGUUACGAGAGGCAUCAAGGAAAGAAAAUGUAAGACUCGAACAAGCAACUCUCAUUCGACGAGAUCUACCCCGGCAACUCAGCCAUGCCCUCUCGCUGGGCCUUGGCGAGCCUAGCUCGAUCACUAUUGACGACGAGGAGCUGAGUCAAAUCAUCAGUGAAGCUGCGGAGAACCUCAAAUCUCACAGCGAGGAUGCUACAGGCGAUCUUAUCGUUCUGCGUUGUGUGCUGCAUGUUUUAGGCAGGGAGAAAGUGCCGGAACUCGUUGAAAAGUUCGACCUGACAGGUUUACUUGUGGCUGACUUCACCCACCUGCGGGACGAGUUCGACCUUUCCAUGCAGAAAAACGAGUCGUUUUCAUACUUUGAAGUUGCUUAUGAAGUGCGAUCCUGGCUCCUCAAUUUCUUCAUCGUGUUCCUGCCAGGGACAUUCUCAGACGAGCUGGUGGAAUCAUUGUGGACUUCCUACUUCACCUCUCGACAGCUCCCUCCUUCGAUUCGAGCCGGAGCAUGGGACUCUCUAACGCACGCCUUAAAACUCAAGCAUGCAAGGGAUGGGAACCUUGUCGUGGACUCAAUCAUCGACAACUACUUGCAACGACUUGGUUCCCAGGACUAUAACGAGAGGUUGUUGGAGUUUCUGAAGACAUCUGUGGCUUACACCAUCGCGCGCUCUUCAGACGCUCCUGUAGACUCGAAUAAUGUCGUUGUCCUACCAGGAAUCGACAGAAUCUGGCGAGUCAUGUUGGAGGCCCCGCCCAAUACUGUUGAAAACCAGGCAACGGAUUUCAUCAUCGGACAAUACUUGGAUCAUCAAUUGAUUACCAGCCGGUCGAAGGCUGUGGUAGAUGCGACGCACUCCUGUCUCGUCGACCGUUGUGUGCAACAGGUGAUCGCUUCUGCGUCGAAGCUGAAGUCAUACAGCGACGGUACGAUGAGUGGUGAAGAUGAGCCUAUGGUAAUCAUCGCAUCUGACCAAGAGAUACGUGCUGAAGAACUUCGCUUCGACCGAUCACUCCUGUUUCUCAGGAAAUUCCUCGAGGGAAUGAAGGCACGGCCACGAUACAGUCCUACUCCGGCACAACAAGCACAAGACUUGCCGGACUUCGCCAACAAGUUGGGUGAUCCCAUCGAAGUCAGUCUUCAGGUCUUUGGUAGCAAAUACGUGACCUCAGACUUGCAGAAAGUCUCCAUUGGUGCUGACAACACUGGGGAUGAGCUGUGGAGGUACAUUUCUGAUGCUAGUGGCUUCACUCAAUUUACGGUAUACCAUCUUGGUCGAGAGGCCGAGCUUGCCGGACAAACCGCCACACUGGUGGAACUGAAGGUCUCUUCAGGCCUUCUGAUGAUUCGGAAAACUGCCGACUCGCGAGAGAGUGUGCCCACGAAUGCAGCGUGUGCUGCGACAACAGUGGACAACAAGAUCAUGCAUCGUUUCGAUGAGCUUUACGACCUUCUAGAUGCUGAUGAGCGUCUCUCGAGGGAAGUUUAUGGUUUCUUGAGCCUCUUUCCGGCCCAGGUCGAACUCGUCCGUCUUGUCCGGUCAAUGCAGGAAUCGCCCAUGGACUUGCUGGCUCCGAACAAGCCAUACAAGUUGUUGUACUGUGCAAGAGCCCUUAGAUCUUGUAUUGAGGAUGAGUCUUUCAGCGCCAGUCCCGAUACGCAGUUCUUGGUCUACGGCAUCCGAACAAUCGUGACUAUUUUACCGAGUCUGGACCUAUCAAACCCCAACGAUCCACUGCAGAUGGCCAUUGCUUGUAGUUUGAUCGAAGCACUCCUCCUUGGAUUCCGAGCAAAAGUACCAUCGGAGACUUCACGCGAAUUUAUUGAGGAUCAUCAGGAGUUUUCGACUCAGACAUUGCGACUUGUUCUCUUCACUCUCGGAAGCAAGCGCGACACCACGAACGAGGUUAGUGCAGCAGCAAUGAUCAAGUUGAUCUUGGAAGCUUUCAUAGAGGCUUGCCUGCAUGAUGACCGCGUCUGGGACCAUGUUGAUGAAAACAAGAACUUUACAGAACUGAUUGUCCUUGCAUUCAUCAUAGAUGGUCGUAUGGACGUGCGACGCUCGCUUCUUGAAGUUGUUGUUGGUUUGACAGGGGCGAUUGGCACAAAGUUGCAUCUCAAAAUCAACAAUCCGCGGGCUCCCCGGUCUCGAUUUUCUGGUGAAGCUGUGGAAGCCUGUUUGUCACAUCUUUGGACAGCGUUGGUGAAAGUCCUACCUCUCGCUUGUCAGCAAUUCGAACAAUGCAGUGAAGUUUGCGAAACUUUGCUUGCCAUCAUGAGGAGAGUGGGCAAAUCAUUCUCCGUCGAGUCUCUGCGCCAAUAUCUUCAGGAGUGGGGCACCAUUCUCCUGCAACAUGAGCAUGUUGAAGUCGUCGGUCAACCGCCAAAGGAUCAUGUCGUCGCCUGUCUUACGAAGCUCUUGCUGGAAUGCACCAGAUGGCUGCGAAACAACAAUGCUCUCCCUCCCAGUUAUCGUCUCAUUGAUCACAUCAUCUCUCGUUUCUUAUUCCCUCCUUUAUCGCAAAGUGGAGAGGUCACGGAGGAGAAUAUGGUACUGCCCGUUUUGGAUGGCACUGUGCGCGAAAGCCUUUACAACCUCGUGCUUGCACUGAGCCAAGGACCACAGGACAUGGCCACCAUUGUGACGAAGCUCAAUGACGAUUUGCUGCCUAGAGACUUCUUCGAGCCGAUGUAUACACACGAACGUCAAAGCCUCCGUUCAGAGGUUGGCUAUGCAGGUCUACGCAAUCUCUCCAAUACGUGCUACCUCAACUCACUGUUCACGCAUCUCUUUAUGAAUGUAGAGUUUCGUGCGUUCUUCUUGGACCCCGCGAACCUGGAUGACUCGAAUCAGAAAUUGGUGCUCGAGCUUGCGAAAGUCUUUGCACACAUGCAAAACUCAUAUGAGAAGUCCAUCGACCCUUCUUUGGCGGUCGAAGCGAUAACGACCUACGAAGGCGAGCAGAUUGAUGUCUCGGUGCAGAUGGAUGUUGAUGAAUUCUUCAACUUAUUGUUCGACCGGUUGGAAGGACAAAUUCCACCUGGGGUAAGAAACUCGUUCAAAUCCAUCUACGGCGGUCAAUUGGUACAGCAAGUCAAAUCUAAAGAAUGUGAGCACAUCUCCGAGAGACUGGAGCCGUUUUCAGCGGUGCAGGUGGAGAUCAAGGGAAAACUCCGACUCGAAGACAGCCUCCGUGCAUACGUUGAAGGAGAAGUGCUUCAAGGGGAGAACAAAUACUCCUGCACGUCUUGUGGACGUCAUGUCGAUGCUGUAAAACGCGCAUGUCUCAAAGAAGUCCCCAACAACAUCAUUUUCAACCUCAAACGCUUUGAUUACGACAUUAUGACUGGGAUGCGGGCGAAGAUCAAUGAUGAGUUUCAGUUUCCCGACACUCUUGACAUGGCACCAUAUACACUUGCGAGACUGAGUGACGAGUCAGAAUCUGGAGAACCAGAUUACUUCCAGCUGACCGGUGUUAUCGUCCAUUCUGGUACAGCUGACUCCGGACAUUACUAUUCUUUCAUUCGCCAACGACCAUCAAUGAAAUCGGUGCAAGAAUCCUGGGUGCAAUUCAACGAUCAGGAUGUGACCGUCUUUGAUCCAAGCCAGAUGCGGGACAAUUGUUUCGGAGGAAGUUCUGACGCAGGUUUCUAUCACCUGCCUAAAUUCUACAGUGCAUACAUGCUCUUCUACCAAAGAUCGUCGAGUAUCCGGAAGAUCGAAGAGCAAUACCGACAACAGGACGCUGUCAAUCCUAUCCGCCUACCGCUUCCGUUCCGCAUGGAGCAGUACAUCGCUCAGCAAAACGAGCUUUUCUUGCGAUCCUAUUGUGCCCAGGACAGCUUCCACGCACACUUCAUCCGCCAGUUGCUCGAGCGCUUGACGCAGGGAGCUGAAAAUUGCAACGAGGAUCACAUUCUUGAAUCUAGCACGAUCGAGAUGGUUCUGGAGUAUGUGCGUCAGAUCUCUUCUCGGUGGAAAGAACUACCUGCGGUCGAAGACACUGUCAAACUGCUUGCGCAAUACUCGGAGAAAUGUGUGGAGUGUGCCAAAGUCAUUGCGAACUGGUUCACCCUGCCACGCGUUCUCGAAGAUGUCCUUGUCCGGAGUCCUUACCAAGUGGUGAGAAAGUCCUUUGCCUACUUGUUCUCGGUAGUCUUUACGCAGCUACACAUGGUUAAAUCCUCCAUGAACGCAGAAGACGAUGAAUAUCUGCAGUUGAUGAACGAUUACAGUCGCUGCCUUCGAGAGGCUGUGCUUCAGCUGGCCAAGUUGUGGGACAUGGUCACAAAGAGUGGCCGAUGUUGGACCGAAUACUUCGGCGUGCUGAACAACAUUCAAGCUCUUGGGGACGAUGAGGUGACUUUUUUGCUGGACGAAGAAUAUCUCGAAAAGUGCAUCGACAUUGUUAUGAUCCACUUGAACAACACCGACUUUCCGCCCCCAAGGAGAUUGAAGGUACGGUACGGUGCCUACUUGAAUGCGAGGGAGAAAAAUCGACCUUUCAACCAUGGCGCUCUGAUGGGGUUCCUGGUCAGUCUGAUCUUGCGAGUCGAUCUCCACCACAUCCCAGAUGGAGACUACCGCCUCUCUGACAAAAAGAUUGGCUUGACUUUGAGUGAGCUUGAUGUUCUUGGUCUAUCAAAAUUACCGGCAAACUUGGAGUGGAUUCGACGCCUGAUUGCUGGACGUCACAAUGAGUCGGCAGUUGUCGAACUUGUCACCUACUUUGCCAAUGACCGAAAACUAGCCGGGCCGCUAGGAGAUAUACUCUUGAAAGGUCUGAACGAUAGGAUGAUCAACAUUGCCACCAGCUUCCUCGGUCCUGCAUUGGUCUUUAGCGCCAAUUGUCGGUCGGAAAACCAGAUAGUUGACCUCGUUCAAGCUGCGCUCGACAGCAUUCAGACAGUGGGCGUUGAGUACGGGCGCGAAUAUUUCGAGUUUGUUGAUGCAAUGCUGAAGCUGGAAAAUCCGUUCAUUGGUGCCGAGGCCGGUUUUCUGCAAGAGCAUGUCCUGUCGACCUUGCCUCGUUGGGCACCUACAUUCAUUCUGGCGCCUGUUGAUGCUCAAACCAACAUACGGCCAGCGACGGUGGACCUGUUGAGGAGACUCUUGUUCAAUCCCCUUCAAAGAGCUGAAACUGCAGAUCCCCAGUUAUACCGACAGUUGCGAGCAAUUGUUCAGGAACUUGCGACCGACGCACAAGAGUAUGCAAAAUCGAACUUUCUGCGCAGAGGCAAUUCCAAGUUCCAGCCUGGGCAAGUCAAUCAAUUUAUUGAUGUAGUAGAGGCUUGUGUGGACUUCUUCGACACCGACGAUCAUCUGGAGGCAGAAAAGGUUCGCACCAUCCGAAACACGAUGUCUGCACUACGAACAAAAGCGGAGGCUGCGGUUGAGACAUUGAGCCCCGACUGGCAGGAAAACAGUAGUGAGUUGGCCGAGCUCAGCACGGAGGAUUAUGAUGAACUCAGUCCGUAG